UUUAAAGAAUAUUUAAUGAUCACCUAUUGGUUGCCAUGCAGUGAGUAAAACCAAGUCCUUGUCCCCUUCUCUUGGAAAGGUCUCCAGGCACUCUUGCAGGGGUUAUCUUAUUCAGCAGUCCAGCCAUCAUCUGUAGAAGGCUAACCAUGUCUGCAAUCAUUUUCCCUAUUUCACAAGUAGGUGAAUGAACACACUAAUUGACUUACCUCAACACUGAUGGAGUUUUUGUCAAAGCCCACACCUCAGAACAAGGGAAGAGAAAUCAAUACAACAUCUCCAGGAGGGAGGUGGUUGGUAUCUCCUACUUUGAUCCAAACCACGUGUUGUCUGUGUUGGGUUAAUUCCAGCCUGGGUCAAGCAACUGAUCGCAAGAUGUUUUUGCGGGUUGUGUGCUAUCUUGUGGUUGUGUGGCCGGUUUCUGCCUCAUACGAGAACUGUCCAGAACUUCCCCCAGUGGGAUAUAGCAUAUUUGUCGCAAAGAAGGUGGAAGGACAAAUUCUGGGGACUUACUUUUGUAUCAAGGGCUACCACCUGGUAGGAGAGAAAACCUUUAUUUGCAAUGCCUCUGGGGAGUGGAAUACUCCCACUCCCACUCCCACAUGCCAAUUGGGCCACUGUCCUGACCCUGUGCUGGUGAAUGGUGAACCCAGUUUCUCAGGUCCUGUGAAUGUGAGUGACAAAGUCACUUUUAAGUGCCAUGAGAACUACAUCCUCCAGGGCAGCAACUGGAGUCAGUGCAUGAACGACCACACCUGGAUGCCUCCCUUACCCAUCUGCAAAAGCAGAGACUGUGGCCCUCCUGGGAAUCCGGCUCAUGGCUAUUUUGAGGGAAGAGAUUUCAACUUAGGUUCGACCAUUACUUAUUACUGUGAAGACAGGUACCACUUGGUGGGCACGCGGGACCAACGGUGCAUUGAUGGGGAGUGGAGCAGUACACUUCCAGUCUGUGAGUUGAUCCAAGAAGCUCCCAAACCAAUUCCACAGACCAAGUUUGAGCGGGUGCUUCUUGCCUUUCAGGAGACAAAAGACCUUUGCAAAGCCAUGCGGAACUUUAUGAAAAGACUCAAGGAAAAUUCCUUAACGAUGGAGGAAGUAAAAUAUUUUCUGGAAAUUCAGAAAGCCAAGCUGCAGCCAAAAAAUGAUGCCCUGACAUUAUAGCUGAGCAGGCUGGGUCAUAGAAAAGCACCCUAUGAAUAAACCUUCUUCUUGGUUCUAAAACCAGUUUCAGAUCAAUGGGGAAUGAAGGAUUUAAUUUCCAGUCCGUAAGGAGAAUGGGAAGCUCAGAUCCCAGCUAGGGGGAUGCCUCAUAGUUUCAUGAGACGCAAAUGGUGAGGCACAAAAUAACCUCAAAUUAACCAACACUUAUGAGGCAAAAAUUAACCUCUCAAUUUGAGAAAAUAGACUCCGAAUAACUAUAUCCUUAAAAAGACCUAUUGAGACAAAAGUAGAGUUAGGACCUAAACUGUGUCUUCUGAGUCUCCCCUAUAUCCUGUUUACGGAACCACGUUUCUAAAUCUUCUGCAGUAAUAUUGCUUACCACAUUUAGAUGAAACCCAGCCCGGCAUCGGAAAUUUGAGAUGGUGAAAAAUAAGUGAACGUAUUUUCUUCUCCUUUCUUUCUUUCUUUUUUUUUUUUUUUUUUUUGAGGGCAGAAUAAGCAAGAAUCCUAAGGUUUUCUUACCAAGAUGUCAUACUGACAUGUUAUGACAAACUUCUCCCAUCUCUCACUUUGUUCUCUACCAAAACACAUAGGAAACCUGGAUAAAAUACAAAGAAAACGCCUAAGAGAGCUCGAACUAAUGGAACAUCCCUCGGUGUAGUUAUGAAGGAGAAUAAGACAUCGGAAUAAGAAACUCUCAAGUAGCCCGCAGUCUAUUAAUAGACACAAGAUGAUAGACGCAUAUCAUCCAUUCAGGGUGGUUAGAAUGUAAUAAACACUUUUCACAGAAGAAUGUGCCAUGGGAGCUCAGCUUCCAGGAGGAGGCCUCCUGUCUGGGAGGAAGCGGAGGCAGGAAAAUUGUUAAGAAAAGUCACGGUUAGUUGGGCCUUUAAAAGUGAGUAGGAUUGGGGGGCCUGCGUGGCUCCGUUGGUUAAGCAUCCAACUCUUGAUCUCAGCUCAGGUCGUGACCCCAGGGUCGUGAGAUCGAGAUUAAAACUCUCUCUCUCCCCCUCUCCCCAACUCGUGCACACACUCUCUCUCUCAAAAUAAAUAAUUUAAAAAAAAAAAAACUGAGGAGGAUUGAGAGAUGAAAAUUAAGGAAGGGGACGUGGCAAGUUGAAAGAAGGUUUGGGAAAUAUAGCAAGAGAGUCGUAAAGAGUCUUAAGUUCUGAACCAAGUAAACCCACUCCUCAGAUUAGUCUAACUUGGACAAAAUGAUUUUUUAAUUUGAAGCCGCUCAUUCUGUUAUUCCCUAUACUGUCUAUACUAGUGAGACCUUGUGAACACCUGAAAUGUCAAAUCUUAGGAAAAUGUUUUAGUAAGUUAUGGCAUACCAAAUGUAACGCAACCUUCGAUGGUGUUAUGAUCAGAAAAUCUUAAAAAUAUAAUCCUAAGUAAAAGUAGAAUACAUAAUACUAAAUACUUAUGAUCGCAUUUAUGUAAAAUCUUUAUUCUUGUAGAGAAGGGCCAGGCGAUAGCAAGGCACAAAUGAAAACAGUUGUCCUAGGAUAAUGAACUUGCAGGUAUUGAUUCUUUGAAAGUUCUUUCACGUUUUAAAUUGAUUUCCCCCCCUCUGCCCCCUCCCCCAUUUGCGUGUGCUCUCUCUCUCUCUCUCUGAAAGAAAGAAAGAAAGAAAGACAGAAAGAAAGAAAAAGAGAGAAAAAGAAAGAAAGAAAGAAAGAAAGAAAAAGAAAGAAAGAAAGUUUCUAAUAAUGAUUUUUUUAAAAUGUUGUGCAGAGGCAGGAAGGAUGGGUCAUGUCUAGGGGACAGCACAUGGCCUGGAUUGGCCUGGAUAAAGCAUGGGGAGUGAUGAGAAAGAAGGCUGGAAAGAUACAUUAAAGCCCGUUUAUGGAGGCUUUUAAAGAGCAUGUUAGAGAUUUUGACGUCUAUUUGAUAGGCGGUGAGAAGAGAUAGAAGGCUUUCUUUUUUUUUUUUUAAUAAUAAAGUGCAUUUAUUUAAGUGUUCAACUUGAUGAGUUUUUUUUUUUUAUUAUAUGAAAUUUAUUGUCAAAUUAGUUUCCGAGAUAGAAGGCUUUCAAGAAAGGAAGUGAUAGGGACCGAACACAGAUUCCUUUCAUGACAGUAUGUAGUAUAUACAGGUCGAAGUAGGAAAAGAACAGAGGCAGAGAAACCACAUAAAGGGCUGCCGGAGAAGACAAUGGUGACCUGAACUGGGUGGUGGCAGAAAUAGAAAGAGAAAACUAGACAUGGGAGAACUGGAAAAUCAAAAACAACUCAUCAAACUUCUCGACUCAUCAAACAUUGGAGGAUGAGGGAGAGGAAGAGUUUAAAGUUGAGUUUGAAAUUCCAUUCCUGGAAGCCUGGAUUGAUCUUGGGGUCAGAAGGUGAGGCUUCUGGACAGGAAAUGAGUAGUUCCCUUUGGAUGUGCUAGUGUAAUGUGUUUGUAAGAUGUCCAAUAGGCAACAAAAACUGUCAGUCUGCAUUUAGGAGAGUAAUCAGGUAUAAAGAGGUGGUUGUGGGGGCGCCUGGGUGGCUCAGUCGGUUAAGUGUCUGACUUCGGCUCAGGUCAUGAUCUCGCCGUUUGUGAGUUCGAGCCCUGCGUCCAGCUCUGUGCUGACAGCUUGGAGCCUGGAGCCUGCUUCGGAUUCUGUGUCUCGCUCUCUCUCUGCCCCUCCCCUGCUCAUGCUCUGUCUCUCUCUGUCUCAACAAAAAUAAAUAAAUAAAAAAUAAAAAAUAAAAAGAGGUAGUUGUGGGGAUAGUUCUCUUACAGGGAAGAGUUAAAGCCACGACAGCAGGUACAAUAAUGAAAUAUAUGGAGAGAAAAAUUUUUGAAAAGGAGAACCUGGGACAUAUCUAUAUUUGGGGAUGAGAAAGAGAAAAGGAGGUAAGAAGAACGAAGCAUUUAGUAAGAGAGGAAUCAAGAAAGUUUAGGGCGAUGGAAGCCAAAGGAGAAGUGUUUCAGAAAGGAGGUUAGCAGCAGGAUUAGGGGCUGCCAAGAAAUCGUGACAUGAGUUAAAAAAAAUUUGAAUUUGGAGAUAAGGACAUUCCUGAAAGAGCUGUGUCCACAAGUGUGGGAAGAAGUCAGGUUGGAAGGCCACAACGGGAGGGCCAGGGAGGGACUAACAAGAAAGAGUAGGCAGGAAACACAGGAGACCUGGGGAGUUAAGUAUCUCAUGACAGAAGAUCAAUGGAAUUUGAGGUUUUUGCAAGAUUUGGGGAAUAUUUCAGGAUGAAAGUCACCUCGAAAAUGAGAAAAAGAGCAAAAGAGAUCUCUUCUGAAACAAGAAUGAAUAGGAGAGAAAAUCUCAGGUGGGAAGAAGCCGAGGAACGAUUGUUUGGUAGAGUAGGAGGCAAUAUCGCCUGCUGAGAGGAAGACCAUUUGGUGACUUGAAGAGAAAAAUUUGGAGCAGUCACUGUGGAAAGUAAGGAAAAGCACUCCAAGAGAUUGGGAAAUGGUAUUUUGAAGAUUCCCCUUGAAAGGUGGUAUUUCCUUCGACUUAGCUCUCAAGACCUGGCACAAUCUGGAAUCCUCCUCUACUCUCAUUUUGGUCAGUCAACAAAUCUGUCUCACCCUGUGACCUGGUUAUGUUCUCUUAACCUCUAAUAGCGUUCUCAGUUUCAUCUAAUAUUUCCACUUUUCAUUCAAAGCCCAGCUCAAAUCUCCUACCUCUGUCAAAGCUUCUGUGGUGGUUCGACUCCAUCUUUUCUGAGACCUUCAUGAGACUCUUGGUGUUUAUGACAGAAAAAGGGAAAUUAUCGGGAAAAAUUGCUCUUUAAUAGCAAUCUCCUGAGCACACAAAUCUUAAUCCUGAGGAUUAAAACGUUAAUUAGAUAAUGUCAGAGUUUGGGGUUCUUCCUAGAUCUGUAUGAUCACCAGCAUGCUGGCCCUUCAUUGCAUUUCUCUGAGCAGCGUUCAAUAAUUGACCAACUUCUGGAAGUCAUCUGGUGACCAGCGCGCAGUAGUAGCUGUGGGGGUAGUCGUUAAUUAACACGUAUUGAGUGCUGAUUUGUUCCAGGCAACUCGGCAUAUGGCAGGGAUUCAGUGAAUUUGUUAACCGCCCCCCCACCGCCAUUUUACCAUCUUGGGGUGGAAUGAACACCUGCAGAGGGUAAAGUCACCAGUUCCUGAGCCCCAGGAGGGCCUGCUGGACCUACCAUCAUGGGAAGUGGAUCAUUUUCGUGGACCUAGUCUCAACCCUACAGUAUCCGAGUUUUCUAGGCUAGCUGGAGUGCACUGUGGAUGUCUGUCUUGUGAUUAUGAAAAGAAAAAAAAAGAAUUCUGGCAUCAAGUUCAUAUUAUCUUUCCACUUAGGGGAAAUGGUUGGCGGAGGAGCAAAUAAGUGAUUGCAACAUGUUAUCAAGGAUGAGGGUUUGUGCAGAGGAAGAGGGUUAGGUAAACACCCGUGUUUUAUUUCCGUUAAUCAUUCACGAGGCUGGUAGAAAGUCUCUCCCCAUCCACUACAAUUCAGCCAUCCCUGACCAGUCAGCUACAGGGCUGAAUUCAGGGACUUUUUGGUGGUGCAAUUACCAGCUGGCUUCAGGGUAGUCUGGUAAACUCUGAUCUGGGGAGGAAGUAAAGCUAUUAGAGAUCCAGACGCUUUUCUCCCUUGAGAAACAACCUGAGACACCACGACAGAGUCUUCUGCUUCUUCCUCAGCUACCCCCAGGUCAGUGGAUUAUUUGGGGUACCUUGGGGAAAAGGCUGGUGGUUCGGCCCUUUAAAGAGGACAAGAUUAGAAAGAUAAGACAAACAAACACUUGGGGGUAUUUGCAGCAGAAAUCUUUCCAGAAGUUUUUAGGAGGUUAUGUGAUUUCACAAGUACUUUUAAUCCCUCUGAGCCUCAAUGUUUUGUUUUUUUUUUUUUUUACUAGAAAUGGGGGAAUAAUAAUGCAUAUUAAUAAACUAAAGCAGAAAGGAAGUAAGAUGUCAUUCUUGUUAUUGUAUCUAAAGGUCGAGCGUGUUGGUUCAUUGAUUCUUUACUAUCUCUCCACAUAGGGGAGUUUAAGACUAGGAUACCUCUGACAGGUAGACCAGACUACCCAGAGGGGUCCAUAGAAGACCUGGUUUUUAUAGUCUACCUUCUAAAAAUUGGUGCAGUGUCCUUCGGAGAUUUUAUGAACCGUUCCACGUCUCCUCCACCACCACCAGCAAAGAAAGAUCUUUUGAUUUGAUGAUGAGAAGACGUCAGUCAGCCUCCAGUUAGUUUCUGAAGCUAGACACCUUAACUGUUCUCACCUCCUUUCUCUUCCUCACUUUCUGAACCUGGCAAUGUUGAUUACCCUUCCUUCUUCAAAUUUCCUUCUCUCUUGGUUGGGCAAGACACAGUACUAUUCUUGUCCUCAUUCCAACUCCUUGACCACUCUUAGCUGACUCCCGUUCUUUCGCUAAAUAUGGUAGUACAAAGAGAAUGACAAUUCAAGUAUCCAGAGUGGGCAGAAGUAUCAGAGAAGGUUUGAUACACUUGAAUAUAAUAUGAGCACACAAGCAAGGAGCUGAUGUAGAUAAAGAGAUUCUAGGAAAGAGGUGAAAGUGUGGAAGCUAGUUCUGGAAUCUUAAAGUGAUGUGAUUGAGUGUGCAGGUAUAAACAAGGAGAUAUCAGCUGAGACUGAAGAAAAAUAUUACCCUUUCCAGAGGCAUCCGAGUUUUAAAAGAGGAAGCGUAGACAAAAUAAAUACACAUGCUUAAAAAGUAAUCUCUAACUGAGGCACCUGGGUGGCUCAGUUGAUUGAGUGUCUGACUCUUGAGUUUGGUUCAGGUCAUGAUCCCAGGGUCAUGGAAUCCAGCCCUGUAUGGGGCUCUGUACUGAGUGUGGAGCCUGCUUAAGAUUCCCUCUCUCUCUUUCUCUCCCUCUCUCUCUCUCUGCCACUCUCCCCGACUCUCCCUCUAAAAAAUGAAAAAAAUAAUCUCUAAUGGAAGGAGAAAUUUGGGGGCUGAGAAUUUUCCUAGCGCCUCUCAAAUUGUACUGCAGUACGCCUAACAAUAACAUUUUUUAAAAAAAUGUUUAUUUAUUUAUUUUGAGAGAGAGAGAGAGAGAGAGAGAGAGAGAAGGGCAGGGGCAGAGAGAGACAAGGAGAGAGAGAAAGAGAGAGAGAGAGAGAAUGCUGAGCUGUCAGCAUGAGCCAUCAGCACAGAGCCCGGUGCAGGGCUCAAACUCAUAGACUGUGAGAUCAUGACCUGAGCCGAAGUCAGACGUUUAACCGACUAAGCCACCGAGGUGUCCCUGAGUGACUGACUUUUCGCAGGGCUCAAUCUCACAAAACAUGAGAUCACAACCUGAGCUGAAAUAAAAAGUCAGUCACUCAGGGACACCUUGGUGGCUUAGUCGGUUAAACGUCUGACUUCGGCUCAGGUCAUGAUCUCACAGUCUAUGAGUUUGAGCCCUGCACCGGGCUCUGUGCUGAUGGCUCAUGCUGACAGCUCAGAGCCUGGAGCCUGCUUCAGAUUCUGUGUCUCCCUAUCUCUCUGCCCCUCUCCUGCUUGUGCUCUGUCUCUCUCUGUCAAAAGUAAACAUGAAAAAAAAGUAAAAAAAAAAAAAAAAAGUCAGAUGCUUAACCGACUGAGCCACCCAGGCACCCCACCAAUGGUAUUUUCCACCACACACCUGUCACGUUGACUGUAGCUCUUGAGUUGGUUUCACUUUUAUUGGAAUUCAAAAGGUGAUGAUGUCAUUGAAAUGCGAGGAUAUUUACUAGGGAAGUCUUAGCUUUUCAGUGGGCAGCUAAUAGAAUUCUAGACUUUGUACAGAAUGGAAAGAUGAUCUAAGUUUCCUGUCAUCAUUUGUGAGAUGAGAAACUGACCCAAGGAGCUGACAUGGCUUCUUCAAGAUCACAGAAUUAGACUGUGGUAUUGACUGAGGCUCAAAUUCAGGUCCUUGGCUCACAAGUCCUAGCCUCCAACCCCAUCCUCUGUGGUCUGCUGAAUCCUGUGCGGGUUCUGCUGAGGAACCACAGGGAAUAGUGAUGGCAAAUGGUGGAUACCACCCCUGGCCCACCGAGUCACCAUACUCUUUAGUUCACUAAGAACCAGUGAGGAAAGUGGGCUCACUGUAUCAUUUAUGUCUUCACAACUUGCAAAGCACUUCACAGAUAUUAUUCCAUUUGGUCCUCAGGAAGGCAGUUAAUCCUUCUCACUCGGAAGGGAAAACUAUAUUGAUUUAUUUAUGUCACAUUUAUUGGAUAACUAUUAUGUGUCGGGUCCAAUAUCAGAUCAGCACCAGGAAGUUGAACAAGCAUCCUUGUCUCCAAGGGACCCACAAUCUAUUUUAGGAGGCAAAAGUGAAUAGAUAGUGAAAGAUACGAUACAAUGUGGUAUUACAACUGAGGCAUCAGCAAAAUACUAGGGGAGCCUGGAGGAGGCUGAUAUUUCUCAGUGGGGUUGGACAAUUCAUCAUUAAGGAGGUGACAUUUGACCUGGACAGUGAAUUAAGAGGAGUUUGGAGGUUAAGCGCAUCCACGCACAUGAGAUAUUAUAUGCAAAUGCUUGCAGGUGUUUCAAUAAAUCCAGGAUGUGUUUUGGGAAAGGUAAGCACCUGCAUGAAGUUGAAGUGCAGUGUUUCAAGUGAGCAGAAACAGAGGGAUGUUUGGGAGAGGUAUGGAAACCUUGUAAACGGAGGACCACAGGAGUUUCAAGCAAACUGCUUUUUAGGAAUAUAACAGCAUCAGCCUGGAAGCUGGCUUAGACCUGUUUGGAGGUUUCUGCAGUGGCCGAGAGUGGGUGAAGGGAAUUAUGGCAACCUAAACCCAGACUAUGGACAAGGGUUGUAGGAGAGAGUGGCAGAUUCUAGUGCUGCUAUGGCCAACGUGAUAGGACUUGGAGACUCUGAAUAUGGGAAGGGACAAGAGAGAGGAGGCUGGGAUGACUCAGGUUUCUAGUCUGGGCGGCUGCGUGGAGAUGAUUACUUUAGCUGAGAUCUCUGACACGGGGGUCAAGUGUGUUGGAGACAAGACAGUGGGUUUCAUUUGGGAUAUGAUGGAUUCGAGGUGCCUGGGAGAUACAAAGGAAGCAGUUAGGACUUUGGGAAUUAGACCUUAAGCUUAAAAGAAAAAAAAAAAAAACAAAGAGAAGAGAAAAGAUUUUU